CCGCACGCUCAGAAGUCAAUAAUACACAACGCAGGUAUGGUCAAAAGCAGUGGUCGCCGAAACGGCAGUAGUACCAGUGCUACACGUCGUGAUCAUGAUAGUAACAAGCACAAAGGUGGUGUGCGGGAAUAUGAGGAUGCUGAAAGGCGUGAAAACGGGGCGUUUGAGGUUGAAUACGAUGCUGCCUCGGAGUUUCCCUGUGGGUUGGCUAUGUGGGAUUUCAAUCAGUGCGACCCAAAGAGGUGUAGUGGGAGACGAUUGGCGAAGAUGGGAGUUGUCCACGAGUUGAAACUUACGCAGAGAUUCCAUGGACUUGUUAUGAGUCCGGUGGGUGUGGCAACCGUAUCGCCUGCGGACAGGUAUUCUAAGUAG